AUGGCUUCUCAUGCUUCCUGUAUAUUCUGUAAAAUUAUCAAAGGUGAAAUUCCUUCUUUCAAGUUAAUUGAAACUGCAAAGACUUAUUCCUUCUUGGACAUUCAACCAAUUGCUGAAGCCCACGUUUUAAUUAUCCCUAAACACCAUGGGGCAAAGUUGCACAACAUUCCAGACGACUACCUUAGUGACAUUUUACCAGUUGUCAAAAAAUUGACAAAAGUCUUGAAAUUGGACGAAAAUAAUACUCCAGAAGGUGAAGGUUAUAACGUUUUACAGAACAACGGAAGAAUUGCUCAUCAAGUUGUUGAUCACGUUCACUUCCAUUUGAUUCCUAAAAAGGAUGAGGCUACAGGUUUAGGUGUUGGUUGGCCUGCUGAAGCCACUGAUUUUGAUAAAUUAGGAAAAUUGCAUGAGAAAUUAAAGGAAGAAUUGGCUAAGGUAGAUAAUGAAAAAUUAUAA